AUUUAAGCGCUGGUCGUUUUCAAUUUCCUUUUUGAUCUCUUACUCUCCUUCAGAUUAUCGAGAUCUUUUCGAUCCAGAAUGUCUGAGUGGGAGCAAUCCGAUGAUGAACAAGUCACGAACCCCCCUCCAAAGGUUGUCCCAGUGAAAAGCAAGGGAAAAUGGGAGGGAGAGGACGAGGAAGAUGAAGCACCUGCUAGCGACUGGGAAGAUUCAUCGGAGGAAGAAGAGGCCAAACCAACGCCUGCUGUUACUGCUGCGCCUCCGAAGAAAAAGGGUACCUUGAAGGCGAAGCUGGCGGAGAAAGAAGCCAUGAAGGCUUUGCGGAAUGACGAGGAUGACUCCGAUGCUUACGAUUCUGACGCAGUCUUGGAUCCGAGAGAAAAAGCCCGAAGAUUGAAAGAGAAAGAGCUGAAUUCGGACCUCAACAAUGCAGCGGAUCUGUUUGGCGCUGCUGCCCUUGGAGGUACAACGUCGAAAGAUUUAGAUUCUUUACUCUCAUUCCAGCCUCGAACAAAGGAAGACUUUGUUAAACUAUCAACGAUGAUAAUCGAAUUGGUGAUGAAACGACAUCAAAACAAACCUCUCUAUCCUGCCUUCGUCGAGCAUCAUGUGCGGGAACUGGCGGGUCCACUUAAAGAUGUCGAGGUGCGAAAAGCUGCGAGUGGUUUAACGACCUUAGCAAAUGAGAAGCAGAAGGAGGCGAGGGAUAAAGCUAGCGGAAAGAAGAAAAAAGCUGCCUCCAAACCUACUUUGGGCUCUGCGAAAGUGGCAAACAAGGUUGAUACUGGCGUUUAUGAUGAGGUGCUAGAUGACUUUGGUACCAAUGCGGACGAUUUCAUGUAGAUCGUGCCGUGUUCUUCGGGAGGCGGACUAUGUCUCGUAUAUCUAUUACUGACUUCCUUUCAAAUAUUUUAGACAAGGGGUGAAAUUGCUUAUAUCCUUUAGUACUAGUAGAGCUGAGUGACCGCCCCUUGUUGAAUUUUUGACGCAGGUCUAAAAUACUGACAUUCUGCAAAGCCCAAGC